AUGGCAUUAGGAGACGCUGCACUCGACUGGAAGCGAAUAUGUCGCAACGUUCAGGUCGAACGAAAGUCUCUGAAGUACGGAUCCGAAAAUCACGAGUGCGAGGUUCGGUGGCGAUAUCGAGAAGAUACUGGCAUCUCGCUGCGAACAGUCUAUCACUCUAGCCAAGACGGGAAGCUUCGAACAUGGACUGAACAGCACUUUCCUGCUACCGGGCCAGCGAUACCCUUGACUACCACCUCGUUCGGGAAACUCAACAAGCAGUAUGUUGACAUCAAGUACACGUUCAUUGGCCACGAAUCAGCAAACAGAUUCCAGACCUUGUUGUACACCAACAACGGUGCCGACUCUGCUAAUCUCGAAUUUGAUCGACCCAUAUUGAGCAUAUCCUCGGAUCACAAUCCGACUGAAUGUCGUGGAAGAAAUUUGCGGCUGUGGCGGCGUCCCGAGACGCAUCUAGCGGAUGGUGGGCUCGUUACGUCUGAGGUCUUGAUCCUGCUGUUUUACACGAGCGCAUUGGAAGAGGAUGGGCACUGGGUCGAGGAGCCGCACUACGCAUUCGAAUGGCUCACGGAGUCGGUCUAUAAGAAAGACAGUGACAAGCUUACGCUUCUCUUCUCAAAAGACGCACCGCGUUGGGCGACUGAUAAGCUUUUCAAACGCCGCAAGUCAUCCACACAGACGGAUUUCGAAGCAGCGAAUCCGUCUCGCAAGAAACGCAACGACUCUAUGGAAAUGCUACGGUUUUCUCGAUCAGACAGCGUUACUUCAGGGUCGUUGAGCGGCUCGCCGAUUCCUUUGAAAGAUAUAUCGGGAGGUGGUGGUGGUUUCUCGAGGGCUGCUAAUCUGAAUCGGUUUGGGUAUUCGGCGUUAGAGAUCAAGUUCCAGAGCAGGAAGGACAGGAUGGCGUUCUUAGACAUCUGGAAACAGUACGUCAAGCCGCUGAGUGUGUCCUGA